UUCCCCUCCCUCUACAUUUCCGCGUACUUUUGUUUUGUUUUUGUGGAAUGUUUCUUUUUCUUUUCCUUCCCGGCCAACCUUUGCCCCUAUGCCCUGUGGAGGCGCCAGCGAUCCGCCGGCGAGCUCGUCAGGCGGCCGAUUCCCGGCGCGAUCGGCGUCGAUCCUGUUCUGCAUGUUCUUUUGGGAGGGGGGAUUGGCCCCUGCCCCCCGGGCCGCUCGCCAGCUAGGGCUUGUCCUCGAAAUCGCGCCUAUUCUUGCCGGCGUUUGCGUGUUGCCGCCCGGUUCGGUCGCGGAUUUUAGGCCGUACGAAUCCCCAUGGUUGCGAUUCCUGCAAUGUGCGCGUAGAAUUUCACCGCCUGGUCGCAAACUAUGCUUGUCCGUGCCUUUGUGCCUGGUCUGUCACUGUAGUGCUGCCACCUUGAUGAAAUCAACGGGCAAGAAACCAGAAAGGUUGCUCUUUUCUCGGUGCUCUGUUCGUGUGCGUGUAGUUAUUAUUGCCGCAUUGUGUCUUCUCUGCUUUUGGUAGUCGUCAUUCGUGCAUUUACUUGCCAGGAUUCAGAAAUGCAUAUAUGAUUUCUACUGUCCAUAUCCCAGUGGGUUGCUCACCGGGUUUAUUUGCUGCGUUAGAAGUCGCGUCGGCAGAAUUUGGUUGACAGUUGAAUGGAUUUUGGAGUUAACCCAGAAUAUGAUUCAUGUUUUAUGUCAGCUUACUGCAAUCAUAUGAUUAUUAUUGAUUUUCAUCAGCAUUUGUGGAGAAAGGCUAUCCUUUCCUUCUGAGUUAGUGUAAAUUGCUCGGCAAGGACAUGAUCUCAUUGACUACAUCCAGAUGUAUUUCUGAUCCAGAUAAAUGCCGUUUGCUGAGUGUCGAUGCAAAGAGAGAACUUGUCCUUCAAUUAUCGAAGUGUCCGCAUAUUGCACUUGGAUUGCUACAUAACUGGACAAGCCAUGAUGUCAAGCAGAUUCUCUUCUCUGUGUUCUGUAGAGAGAGAAAAUAUGACGGGGUAUCAAAGAAAAUAAUGCUAAAGUAUCUCUUCCAAGCUGUGAAUGGGGAGCCAUCUGGCCAUGGGAAACGUGUAUCCAAGUCAGACCCUGAGCAAAACUCAAGCACUCUCCAGUUCCCUCACAAAAAGCAGAGAAAGAAUGAUGCUACACUGCUUCCAGUUAUUGCCAGCACUCCAGUAACAGCUGGUGUGACUGCACCAACAAACAGUGCAUGCCGCAAUUUAGCUUGCAGGGCUAGUCUUAAUCCAGCAGAUAAAUUUUGCAGACGUUGCUCAUGCUGUAUCUGUUUUAAGUAUGAUGACAAUAAGGAUCCUAGCCUCUGGCUGUCCUGCAAUUCAGAUCAGCCCUUGCAGGGAGAGUCAUGUGGUUUGUCAUGCCAUUUGGAAUGUGCAUUCGGGGAUGAAAGAUCCGGAAUUGUGCAGAGUGGAUCGUCAAAGAAACUUGAUGGGGCUUAUUACUGCGUCCACUGCGGGAGACAAAAUGAUUUACUUGGGUGCUGGAAGAAACAACUAUUGAUAGCAAAAGAUGCUCGGAGGUCUGAUGUGUUGUGCCAUCGUAUAUUUCUUAGUCAUAAGCUCCUCAUAUCCAGUAAGAAGUACUUGGUCCUCCAUGAGUUUGUGGAUACAGCAUUGAAGAAACUGGAGGGUGAGCUUGGUCCGAUUAGUGGCCUCGAAGAUAAGGGUCAGGGAAUUGUUGGUCGUCUUGUUGUAGGUGCUGAAGUGCAGAAGCUUUGCAACUGCGCAAUGGAGACUCUGGAAUCUAUGCUAUCUGGUGCAUUAACAACUGAGUCGCAAAGCCAGAGUUCUUGUGUGGUACCAUCAAAGUUCAUAAAGCUUGAGGAUAUAUCCCAUGAAUCUGUCACUGUAGUUUUUGACCUGAACGCAUGCCCCAUGCUAUCUCAAGGUUUAACUGGCUUUAACCUGUGGCACAGAGAGGCCAGCAAAGAACAUUAUUCCUCAAUCCCAACAGGCAUAGUACCGGUGCCAUCGACAAUGUUAGUGGUCAGAGGACUUGCGCCACGUACGUCCUAUGUCAUCAAGGUUGUUGCAUUCACCAACUCAAAGGAGAUUGGGUCGUGGGAAGUCAGGACAAAUACCAUUAACUGCCCCAAGGAAAUGGAUGCAAAAGAUUCAGUGCCAAUUUAUGCUAGAAAAGACCUAAUAAAUAACACAAGCACGAAGACAAAUAGCAGUGGUCUGUCGAAUCCUUCUUCUGAAGACGUGGAAUCGAACAAUGACAAUACAACUUCUGCCAAUCUCAGCAGGUCUCCAGAAAGCGACGUUGAAUACUGGACAAGUCUUGAAAAGGCACCUCAUCGCUGCAAUGAAACCGACGGUGAUUCACGAGAUCUUAAAACAGGUGUUGCUGGGGUAACUAAAGUUGAUGUGCUGGAGGAAGCUCCUAGGGGAUCAGCAUCAGCUCUAGACGACAACGAAGAAGAACCUGGUUCAGCUGCUGAAGCAGCUUUGCCAAAGAGGCCGUCAGAGUUAAUGGGGUAUAGCCGGGAAGUUUUGAAGCAAAACCUGGCGACGAUCUGCUCAGAGAUUGCAUCACAUGAGCACACUGGAAACGAGUCGGUCUCUCCGCCCGAAUACCGCGGCUCACCGCCACGCGUCACACAGGAAGGGACUGAGAACUGCAGGGGGUUUUCUGCAAGGUGCAUUGAAGCAAAGUCUGAUGACCAUAUUCUUCAAGAUGACGGUUGGAAGGCUGAAACAGACCCCAGGAGUCUGUCAUGCAAAGGAACCCCUGGGAAGUGUGAGAACAGUGGACACAGUGAUGUACCAUCAGAGCCUCACACAUCUGCUCAAGCACCUGCUCUUUGGAAGCCCUCGAACCUGCCGCAGCGUAACAAGCCGGACAACGCAGCAGGUUCACCGGUUCCUGUAACAGGGAGUGGGAGCAAACCAAACAAAGAUGGCCGUGUUCCUCAGCCUUGCCCUCUGAAACCUGGACCAGAACCAGGAAAACCCAAGGAUGCAGAGUGCACUGAUGUAGACGCCUAUGUGUACUGUGUCAAGGUGAUCAGGUGGCUGGAAUGCGAGGGCUACGUCGAGGCCAGCUUCAGGGUGAAGUUCCUGACAUGGCUGAGCCUGCGGGCUACCCGGCAGGAGAAGAGGGUGGUCAGCGUGUUUGUGGACACUUUCAUCGAUGAUCCUGCGAGCCUCGCCGGCCAGCUAAUCGACACCUUCUCCGAGAUGAUCUACGGCAAGAGGCCGCCUAUGGCGCCAUAGAUUCCCUGCGUGGAACUUCAGCGCUGUUGGGAACAGCGGAUAUCUUUUUUUGUGAACGGAAAGAUAAGGGGAGUUUCUUCUUCUUUGGGGGAGAAAAGAAGAUAAGGGUAGUUGCCAUCAUCUGCUGUUAGAUAACUAGCUAACCAUUGCACCAAUUUCUUAUUUUGGAACAUUAUGCACUGUAUGACCGACCGUUAUGUUUUGUUAACUGCCCCCUCCCCCUCCACUGGAAGUUAAACGCCUUAUUAAACAGCAUGAAGCAUCGGGAAAUUUGCAACCCGGAAUUGUGCUUAUUCUGAAA